CCUCCACCCCCACAGGAAGCAGUUAGCCUUGCUACCAGCAGGGUGACAUCCGCUUUUGCUGCCUCUCUACUCCCCCACUCUUCCUCAGAACCUCUCUGGACCAAAUCCCUUCCAGCCCCCAACCCACCAUGCUCCCUCCAGGCAACAUCCUGCUCCUGCUUUUGCUCCCAGUGGCUGCAGCUCAGGUAACUCCAGGUGAGAUAUCAAAACUCCUUCCUCUUUGCCAUGCUACUUCAGGUUCCUAUUCCGGAUGUGGGCCCCUCCCUCUGCCACUUCUGGCAGGCCUUGUGGCUGCUGAUGCUGUGGUGUCUCUGCUGAUCGUGGUGGUGGUGUUUAUGUGUGCCAGCCCACGUGACAGGCCCACCCAAGAUGGCAAGGUCUACAUCAACAUGCCUGGCAGGGGCUGACCCCCUGUAACUGGGACCUCUGACUUCUGACCCUCUCAUCCUGGAUUGUGCAUGGUGGCACGGGAAACCUAUUCAAUAAAGCGACUGAAAUGCC